AUGUUUACUGUCUCCACAGUAGUUGCUGGGAACACAACCUCUGAAGAACAAAGUCAAGAGUCGUCCGAGUCAGCCGAGUCUUCUGAAACUCAAGAGACCAAUGAGAACGCAGCUGAAAGCACCAACGCUGAUGUCAGCUCAGUGGAAGAGCUGAAUCCUGCCGUACUCGCCAACUCUAAAGGACCUGGGUCUAAUGACACCACUGUCCCCGCCACUGACGCUGACACUGACGAAUCCGGGCCUGAUGAUGACCCUAAAACAGCUAAGCCCCUCUCUGACUCUGACUCUGACUCUGACGAAUCUGGGCCUGAUGAUGACUCUAAGGUAGCUAAGCCCGUCUCUGACUCUGACUCUGACUCUGACGAAUCUGGGCCUGAUGAUGACUCUAAGGUAGCUAAGCCCGUCUCUGACUCUGACUCUGACUAUGACUCUGACGAAUCUGGGCCUGAUGAUGACUCUAAGGUAGCUAAGCCUGUCUCUGACUCUGACUCUGACAAAUCUGGGCCUGAUGAUGACCCUGAAACAGCUAAGCCCAUCACUGACUCUGACUCUGACUCUGACGAAUCUGGGCCUGAUGAUGACUCUAAGGUAGCUAAGCCCAUCUCUGACUCUGACGAAUCUGGGCCUGAGGAUGACCCUAAAACAGCUAAGCCUGUUACUGACUCCGACUCUGACUCUGACGAAUCUGGGCCUGAUGAUGACUCUAAGGUAGCUAAGCCCGUCUCUGACUCUGACGAAUCUGGGCCUGAGGAUGACCCUAAAACAGCUAAGCCUGUUACUGACUCCGACUCUGACUCUGACGAAUCUGGGCCUGAUGAUGACUCUAAGGUAGCUAAGCCCGUCUCUGACUCUGACGAAUCCGGGCCAGAUGAUGACUUUAAGUUAGCUAAGCCCGUCUCUGACUCCGACUCUGACUCUGACUCUCACGAAUCUGGGCCUGAUGAUGACCCUAAGAUAGCUAAGCCUGUCACUGACUCUGACUCUGACUCUGACUCUGACGAAUCUGGGCCUGAGGAUGACCCUAAAACAGCUAAGCCCGUCACUGACUCUGACGAAUCCGGGCCAGAUGAUGACUCUAAGGUAGCUAAGCCCGUCACUGACUCUGAAUCUGACUCUGACGAAUCUGGGCCUGAGGAUGACCCUAAAACAGCUAAGCCUGUCACUGACUCUGAAUCUGACUCUGACUCUGACGAAUCCGGGCCAGAUGAUGACUCUAAGGUAGCUAAGCCUGUCACUGACUCUGACUCUGACGAAUCCGGGCCAGAUGAUGACUCUAAGGUAGCCAAGCCCGUCACUGAAUCUGACUCUGACGAAUCUGGGCCUGAUGAUGACCCUAAGAUAGCUAAGCAUCUCUCUAACUCUGACUCUGACUCUGACGAAUCCGGGCCUGAUGAUGACCCUAAGAUUGCUAAGCCCGUCACUGACUCUAAAGAAUCCCACUCGGGCGCUGAUACUAGUACUGACUCUAAUGACUCGGGUGUUGAUACUAGUACUGGCUCUGAGGUACUUACAGAGAAAGAUGAUAGCAUGGACGAUAAGGGCCCGUAUGAGGGGGUGUCGCUAGCAACCGGGGAGGAGGAGAAGGAGGGAGAUGAUAUAGGGGAAAAGGAUCCAAAGGAAUCAGGAGAGGAUGUGAUGGAGGGAGAUGAUACCUCAGAGGAGAAAGACUCGGAGGGGGGGGGAAUCAAAGAAAAUGACGCCACGAUGGAUGAAACAGACGAAAAGAAGAGUGACGGAGCCGUUAAGCCUGACGCUAAUAAUAGUGAAAAUGAGCCCAAGAAAGAUGACAGCCCUGACCUGUUGGACCCUUCCAACACAGACAAGGAUGAGGGGAACCCGGAGCACUCUCACCCAGACACGGAAGGACCAUCUGCUGACCAGCAACUGGUCCAACCUGUGGACUCCACCACCGCCGCCGGGAUUUAGACGCUCCAACUGUGGACUGUGAAUGCUCACCAUCUGCAGAGCCAUGCCUACAGUGUACAAUACAUUUGCCAUGACGACAACAACAACAAGCUGAACUUCUACCUUCUGCUUCCUGUUUGUGUAUUAUUCUCCGCUCAUUCCUGAUUGGUUGGCUCCAUUUGGUUAAAUAAAAACUUUGCUCUAACCUGUUCGUCUGUCUGUCUGUCUGUCUGUCUGUCUGCCUGUCUGUCUGUAGACACAUUAAACCAGCUGCUGAUCUGAGAUCUGUAUUCACACUGUCAUGUGUACAUACUGCUAAUAAAUG